UUUCAGCUUUGAUUCUCGAGAAUCUCGUUGCGAACGGGAUUUGUGUUCUGUUCGACGAGAUUUUUUAUUAUUUCUCAGUUUCUCAAUGGCAGCCGCAAUGGAAAUUGACGAAGAGGAGUUUGGGGAAGCCUCAACCUCUCAGGCUAUCAGCGGAGACAAACCGGGAAACAAGAAAAGGUUCGAAGUGAAAAAGUGGAAUGCUGUAGCUUUAUGGGCCUGGGAUAUUGUUGUAGAUAACUGUGCCAUUUGUAGGAAUCACAUUAUGGAUCUAUGUAUCGAAUGUCAAGCCAACCAAGCUUCUGCCACGAGUGAAGAGUGUACUGUAGCCUGGGGGGUUUGCAAUCAUGCUUUCCAUUUCCACUGUAUUUCCCGUUGGUUAAAAACAAGACAAGUCUGUCCUUUAGACAACAGAGAAUGGGAGUUUCAAAAGUAUGGACAUUGAUUGGCUCCCUUCAUACAAGCUCUGUUUUAUAUAUUUACCUCUCAUUUAUGUAUACCUUGCUUAACACUGUUAUGUAUGUCACAACCUGUUUUCUCUUUUCUAAGUCAUUUAAUGCUUCAUAUAAAUUCUAAGAAAUAAAAAAAAUGAGGAAAAAAACCCAACAAU